AUGGCAGGAGGAAGUGGGAAGAAGAAACGCGUACGAACGGACUCCGAUUCCGAUAGCGAAGAAGACGAAGCAGCAGCAUCAACAUCACAACCAUUCAAGAAACGCUUGAAACCAGAUUCCGUCAUUCUAACUAUACUCAAAGCCCUCAAAGCCGAACAAACCUCCACCUCCUCCUCAUCUUCCUCCGCCUCCAAAUCCCUAACCCUGGCCGACCUCAACCUCUCCAACACCUGCCGCGAAGUCUCCGACCUAUCUCUCUCAUCAGUCCAGUCCGAGAUCGAAACCUUAAUCCUCACUCUCGCCAAAUCAAUACUCUCCGGAAACGGUUUCUCCUUCUCCGUCCCCUCCCGUUCAUCCGCCAACCAGUUAUACGUUCCCGAACUCGACCGUAUAGUCCUCAAGGACAAAUCCUCUAUCCGCCCCUACGCCAACGUUUCCACCGUCCGGAAAACCACCAUCACCACCAGGAUUCUCCAGCUCAUCCAUCAGCUAUGCGAUAAGAGUAUUCACGUCACCAAGCGAGAUCUAUUCUACACCGACGUCAAACUCUUCCAAGACCAAACACAAUCCGAUACAGUGCUUGACGAUGUUUCCUGUAUCCUCGGUUGCACCAGAUCCAGCCUCAACGUCAUUGCCGCCGAGAAGGGGGUGGUUGUCGGCCGUCUCAUUUUCAGUGACAACGGGGAUAUGAUCGAUUGCACGAAGAUGGGAAUGGGUGGGAAAGCAAUCCCACCUAACAUAGAUCGAGUUGGAGAUAUGCAGAGUGAUGCGUUGUUCAUCUUGUUGGUGGAAAAGGAUGCUGCUUAUAUGAGGUUAGCUGAAGAUAGAUUCUACAAUAGGUUUCCUUGUAUCAUUAUCACGGCUAAAGGACAGCCUGAUGUUGCAACAAGGUUGUUCUUGAGGAAGAUGAAGAUGGAGCUUAAAUUGCCUGUUUUGGCUUUAGUUGAUAGUGAUCCAUAUGGAUUGAAGAUACUUUCAGUGUAUGGAUGUGGUUCUAAGAAUAUGUCUUAUGAUAGUGCAAACUUAACCACACCCGAUAUCAAGUGGCUAGGGAUUAGGCCAAGUGAUCUUGACAAGUAUAAGAUACCUGAACAAUGCAGGCUGCCUAUGACUGAACAGGAUAUUAAGACAGGGAAGGACAUGCUGGAGGAGGAUUUCGUUAAGAAGAAUCCCGGUUGGGUUGAGGAGCUCACUCUAAUGGUGAAGACGAAACAGAAGGCUGAAAUUCAGGCACUUAGCUCCUUUGGGUUUCAGUAUUUGUCUGAGGUUUAUCUUCCAUUGAAGUUACAACAGAAAGACUGGCUUUGAAAAGCUUUUGUCUUCGGCUGGAAGAUUGCAAGUCUACUGUUGACUUAUUUACUGCUGCUGCUGUUGUAGGGAUCUUAUUAUAUGAUCGAUGUGGGUUUGGAAAAUCAAUUCUGUUGUCAACAACAAUUGUAGAACCUUGAGAAGUGACUUCAAGCCCUAAUUCAUCUUGGAGAAGUUUGAUUAUUGGUUCUUUUACUUCUAAUACAUCUUUGGCAAAUCUUGCACCUCCUUCAUUUGUUCCUAAGAUGAUCAACAUAUCAUCCUUGACUGUAUCCCCUGCAAGAUGACAAAUAGAUAUACUAAAGUUUUACAAACUUGAGUUGUUUAUGUUGUUUUACAAAGUAUUUGUUUGGGUUGUUGAAUUGAAAUUUUAUCCAUUAUAUGGUGGAGGAUGUGAUAACAAUAUUGGGUCUAUUUGUUAAUUAUUAUGUUCUGCACCAUGAUUCAGAUUUGUCAU